UCGCUAUGUUGAAUUAAUGUGUCAUUUCCAGGUCUUGAAACUGUAGGACAAUGUUUAAAUUUGAUGGUUGCUUGCAGGGUUCACAUAUGAGGCACAUUUCAGAAGCAUUAAGUUUCCAGGUUCCUGGAGAAGAAACUUUUCAAGCCAUUCCCAAAUGGCCCUGGUUCGUUUUCUUAUCAGGAGCAAUGGGCUGCUUGGUUUGCAGCUCCCUCUCCCAUCUCCUAGCUUGCCACUCCAAGCGCUUCAACCUCUUCUUCUGGCGCCUCGAUUACGCGGGCAUCUCCCUGAUGAUCGUCUCCUCCUUCUAUGCUCCCAUCUAUUACUCCUUCUACUGCAAUCCUUACGCGCAAUUCAUCUACCUUACUUCCAUAACCAUUCUUGGUAUCCUCGCAAUCAUCACUCUCCUUGCACCUGCUUUAUCGAGUCCUCGCUUUCGCUCUUUCAGGGCCGCCCUGUUUCUCACCAUGGGAUUCUCAGGAGUGAUCCCAGCAACACAUGCAGUUAUUCUUCAUUGGGGUCAUCCGCAUAUAUAUUUGGCCCUUGGAUACGAGCUCGCCAUGGGUCUUUUAUACACUGUGGGAGCUGGAUUUUAUGUAAGUCGAAUACCUGAGAAAUGGAAGCCUGGAGCAUUUGAUAUUGCAGGGCACAGCCAUCAGAUUUUCCAUGUGUUUGUUGUUCUGGGAGCACUUGCUCACAGUACUGCCACAAUAUUCAUUCUGGAUUUUCGCCGCAGAUCUCCAGUCUGUGUGUGUUAGCCAUUCUAGAAACUUAGAUAAAGGCAUUUUUUUAUCUGUUGUUUCCUCUUUGUUUGGCUUGGAUUUUAUAAAUACAAAGACAGUACAUUCAGUUCU